GUGAGCAUUUUUUCAAUCCUUUGAAUAUUCAAGAAAAAAUAGCCAUUCAGCAAUUUAAUGAUAAUUGAAACAACUCAAAAAGGUAUGGCAUCAAAUUGACUUCAAUUUUGUUUAUUGUAAUAAGCCAGAUGAAUUGAUAAUUUGAUUGAUGCCCAAGCAUGUGUCUGCAACCAAAGUGAUGGAUAUAAUAUUCAAUAUACAUACACACUCCAUCUGUGACCCUCUGCCUCCAAUCAAUGAUAUAUUCAAUUGUCCUUUCAAUCAGCUAAGGCCACCGGGGUACUACAUGCCAUGUGCACCAAGUACAAUUAGCAUCUUGCCAAGUAUGAAGUAUACAUGUUGCCCAGCAUGUGGACCAAGUUACAAGUCACAUGCUGCCAAGUCCCAUAUUCAAAAUUUUCGAAGUCUUAAUGAUAAACCUCGCAUGUGCAGCAUGUGGACCAAGUUAGCAAGUGACAUGGUACCAUGUUGCAUGUUCAAAUAGCAUCUUGUCAAGUUUAAACUAUACAUCUCGCAUGUGCAGCAUGUGGACCAAGUUAGCAAGUGACAUGCUGCCAUGUUACAUGUUCAAAUAGCAUCUUGCCAAGUUUAAACUAUACAUCUUGCAUGUGCAGCAUGUGGACCAAGUUAGCAAGUGACAUGGUACCAUGUUGCAUGUUCAAAUAGCAUCUUGCCAAGUUUAAACUAUAUAUCUCGCAUGUGCUGCAUGUGGACCAAGUUAGCAAGUGACAUGCUGCCAUGUUGCAUGUUCAAAUAGCAUCUUGCCAAGUUUAAACUAUACAUCUCGCAUGUGCAGCAUGUGGACCAAGUUAGCAAGUGACAUGCUACCAUGUUGCAUGUUCAAAUAGCAUCUUGCCAAGUUUAAACUAUACAUCUCGCAUGUGCUGCAUGUGGAC